UAUUAAUAUACAUGUCUUUAACUUCUACAAGAUUGUACGAAAGGUAGGUUUCUAAUUUAGUAUUCCUCAAAACUCAAAAACAUUCAACAUGAAGGCAACAAUCUUGUUAGCUGUUGUUGUGGCAGUCAUUGUUGGAGUUCAGGAAGCCCAAUCAAUUCCUUGUACAUCAACCUACUGUGCUAGGUUCUGUGGGUCUGCUGGUUGCUCAUUAUAUGGAUGUUACCUACUUCACCCUGGCAAAAUUUGCUACUGCCUUCAUUGUAGCAGAGCUGAGUCUCCAUUGGCACUUUCUGGAAGCGCUAGGAAUGUGAACGAGCAGAACAACGAGAUGGACAACUCUCCAAUAAUGAAUGGGAUGGAAAAUUUGGACCAAGAAAUGGAUAUGUUCUAGACAGAUAUUUGAUCAAGAGCAAACUUAGAAAAUCAGCUAUACUUCUUUCCUCGAUGGUGAACCCUUUGUGCAAAGUCUAUUGUAAACUUGAAAAUGUAUUAAAUCUUCUGUCAUACACUUUCGGCGUUUUCAGCUUGAAUUAACAUUAAAACAUUAGAUAAUGCUU